UCAGACUUAUUUUCCAAGUGGUAAAAAUGUUACUUUCAAUAAAAAUACAGCAAAUUUUUUCUUGACAACAAGUGCACAUCUCCGUGUGUUGCGGGAAGGAGCUCGACUCCCUCUUUUUGUCGGCGGUUCGUCGCUCGCUAACUGAAUUGUUGGCAAACUUGUACCCGUCGCGCCGUAAAUUCUGUCUGAGGCCAAACUUCCCAACUCCUGACUUCGGCGAGUGAAUGUUUUAUCGUAAAAAAGCUUUAUGUCUCGGUACAGGCGGCGUGUGGUCGCUACGUAACCUGUCAAUAUCAGUGCCGCGCGCGGUGCUAUCGGGCGAGGGUCGAGCGGCGCUGCUACGCUGCUCCUACGACCUGGAAGGCGCGGCGCUCUACUCCAUCCGCUGGUACCGUGCAGAGGAUGAAUUCUACAGAUACGUGCCGCGUGAGAUGCCCCCCACCAUGGUCUUCCCCCUUCCAGGCGCCUCCGUCGAUUUGGCGCAGUCGGACCACCAACAGGUGCGCAUCGUGAACAUGAACCGGCGGCUGAGCGGUGACUACCAGUGCGAGGUGUCCGCAGACGCGCCACUCUUCCACACUGACAUACGCUCCGCACCGCUCACUGUCGUCGACCCACCGUUCCGCGCGCCGCGGCUACUGGUGUCGCGUCUGAGCUACGCGCGCAACGACCUGCUGCAGGCCAACUGCUCCGUGGACGAAGCCUACCCCGCACCUAAUAUCACAUGGACCAUAGAUGGACACAAGAUAGCUGAGACAAUCUCGUGGCAGUCGCCGGAGCAGGAUUUCAAGGAGCGCGGCGCGUUCAGUCAGCUGGAAGUGAGCAUCGUCGAGAGCCUGCAGUAUGGCGUUGAGCGAGCGGGGUACGCGGGGCAUGCGGGGGACGGGGAAAACUUCGCCCACCGCGCCGACCCUGAGUUCGAAAAGCGAGAAGUUCUCAGGUACACGCUGUCGGCGCCGGCGAGCGGGCAGUUCGCGCUGGGCUGCGUGGCCACCAUCUACGACGUGUACGCGCGCGGCAGCGAACAGGCGCACAUCAGGGAGGACAGCCCGCGCCCCGCCUCUGUCACCGGGGAGGACUCCUCGGGUAUCCAGACGCUGCAUAACAUCGUGCUGAUAUGUGUAUGCUCAUGCGCGGCGCUACAGAUGGGGUUAUGACCCCCUGCACUGUUGGCCGCCGCGCGCCCGCGCCGGCGCCCCUUCUAAUGCGCUCAAACUGAAUGUUGUGAUAGAUAAUAAUAGUUGGUGGUGUGAUGACGCGCUCCAGCGCAGCGGUCGCAGUGCACUCGGUACUUAUAAGCAUACGUGUCAAUUCCGAGUAGAGCUUGACUCGCUGGUCGCAGGUCGCAGGUUGCAUGUCGCAUGUCGCGGGUCGUACGCGUCGCGUCAACUACUCGUAUAAGAUACACUUAUUAAAUGUUGCAGAUUGCUAUAUGUAAAUAAAGA